GAUGCCGGAGUUUUCCCCUCCCGCCUUUUUCGUCCGGAUGAAGUCGCCAGUCGGUCCACUGCGGUCAUGGGACAGCUCCUGUGCGGGACAUGUCGUUGCGCAAAAGACAGUGAAUGACAGGUUCCACUUCAGCAGCUUCAAGCAGUGUCCGGAAAUAACUUCUGAUAUCGCUGAGUUGCCGGCGGAAAGAAAUUUUGGCUGACAUUUGCCGCAUAGCCUGCAAACUGCGAACAAAAACGUGUUUUACUAGCAUGUCCGGUUUGGGGAUUUUUUUGAAUGCUGGGAUAUCGGACUUGGAACACAUGCAGCUCCCGAUCAUUGGGUUGCGAUCUGGUUGAGGAGAUUCGUGUCUCUCGUGCAGAAGAGGCGUUCGACAAGAUUCGAUUAUCGAACUCCCUCUGUUCAGCUCAGAUCGAUCGAACGAGGUUUAGGGUUUAAGCAGCUGAGCUCGAAACGCGUUUCUUCAGAGGUUUUAUGAACAUCUGCAGUUUCUGAGUAUUUUGCUAGUUUACAACUCCGUUGCCAGUGUACAUGGGCAAUUCGCCAAUGUCACCCUCCAACCUGGACAAGAGAGAUGGGUAAUGUUUCGAAGCUUGAAACUGCCCUGCAUCAAGCUUGACUGGGAUAUAAGAGGAACAAGGGGUAAGACCUGCGCACGGAACAAUGAUGGGAACGAGGCUAAUCUUGACACCAAAGGUUCCCUCUCCUUUUGGAACUGUGAAAUGGGCUCCCGGGGCUCUUUCAAGACUGGAUCCGGAUCCCGACUGGGGUUUGGAAGAUCUUACAAAGGAGCUCGAUGACAUCUCUUCCAAGCUACCUGCUGCUGGCCUACCGCACAAUACCUCCACCCCCUUGCGCCCUACUGAUGUCUCGUGGCGGAACUUAUCCAAAGUAGCAGAUUUUGGGAGGAAAAGUAAAUCAUUUGUCAUGAAAGCGUUCGAUUCAAGUGAUGACAGUGAUUCAAGUGAUGAUGAAGAAACCAUAUCUACACCCUUGCCUUUGAAGUCGGAAGUUGUCCAACAAAAGGAUCCUUCUCCUUCAAGAGAAAGCAAUGCUGAUAGGUCUCCUCUUCUGCCUCAAACAGAACGGAUUGAGGCUGCACUGUUGGAGCUAGAACGCGAGCGUAUUCUGAGGGUGCAGGAAGAGAUCAGAACCAGAGUUUCUUCUCUUGACGAUUUACUGAGGGAGGAAAAAGACCGAAUUACAGCUAAAUUCUCUCAGUUAGAGAAGGAAGUAGCUGCAAAGUGCGAAAUGGCACGUCGCAAUGACAAGCAAGAUCAAAGAUUGAUUGCAGAGGCUCGUGAUAUGCACUUGUCAGCUUUACAACGCGACCAUGAGCAGCGAUAUCAAGUCGAAGAGAAGCGCAUUAGGAAAGAAGCAGCGGCUGCUGAAGAGGCUCGAAGGAGAGAAUUUGCUCGACUGAAGGAACAGCAGGAGAGAGCACAAGCAGAGGCAGAAGAAAAAGCCAGAAGAUUGGCAGAGGAAGAGAAGAAGAAGGCGGCAGCAGAGGCUGCGAAUAGGAAAGCGCAAGCAGAUGCUGCUGCAGCGGCAGCAUUGCAGCGAGCACAACAAGAGACUAAAGCGAAGCAAGAGGCUGAACAAAAGGCGCAGAUUCGUUCUAACCAAGAGGCGGCUAGAGUAAAAGCAUCUUCAGUGCCGAAACCUCGAGUUGCAGACAACGCUGCAAAGCUAGAGGAGCAGAGAUUGAAUAAACUUAUGGAGCUUCAAGAUUCAUAUAAGAGUCUGGCUAAUGAUCCAGCUUUGCAGAAGGAAUUGAAGGUGUACGAAAGAAAGAUCAUCAAGCAUCUUCAGCAAGUGUCUGCCACUCAAGAACAAGUUAGAAAAAAAUCAGCGGAAUUGAUUCAGACUAUGAAGGACCCCCGUGGGCCCCCAAUCCAAUUUAUGAUGGUUACACUAGGAAAGAAGAUUCUGUCUCAGUGCGAAUCACAAGUGCAAAAAUUACCAUCGUUUUCGUUUGCACUCGCCCAAGUGGUAGUGAAUGUUGCAUCUCAGAUUCCUUUUGUGAUGGAGUCAGUGCUUGCGCAACUCCAUCAAGUCUGUGUAUUUACCGUGCCAAAGUACUACGUAUUUAACAAGACCCAGUAUCAGAGUGAUGAAGCAUAUUAUAAAAUAAUGGGAUACAAGGAGGAAGAUGGUAAAUUAGAGUCCACAGACGAUUAUGUUGCAAGAAUGAACGCAUACAUAGCCUUCUAUGCUGCACUCACACAGACUGAGGUACUUGGGGGUGGUAUUAAUCCUCAUGGCAUGGCUGAAGCUUGGGCUUGGUGCUCACGAUUGUUGAACCGGAUACCAGCAAAUCGGUAUUCUGCUUCGGCUCUUGAAUCUUUUCUGAAGAUAGCAGGGUUUAGAAUCUAUAAGGCAUAUCCAAAGCCAUUUAUGAAGCUUAUGCAAGUUGUUGUCUCAGAGUAUCUUGUAAGCCUCAAGAGUCAUGACGAUGUCGAUGCAAGGGCAGUCGUCAACAGGUUAGAGACAUACUUGCAUACACAGCAAUAUAUGGUAGAACCGGAAGGCAGAAAUAUGCCUUACACGGACAUUUCUUCAACUCUGAGAGCAUAGAUUCGGCUUACGCCCCUUAUACCCAUGUACAUUAACUUCCGAAGUCCAUAUUAUACGUAGAGAAAGGAACCUACUUCAGAACUUCACGUGGACAUUGUACGCAAAUCAUUAUCACAAGUGUGUGAAAAGUAUGCAAUCAACAUAGUCUCGAAAGAAGAAUAUCG